AUGGUGCGCAAAUGGCAGGCAAAUGAGGAGCGUCUGGAACGUGAAGGCACACCAAAAAAGACUAAUAAGAAAGGAAUAAAAUGGUUGACUGGAGCUGAUGGAGAAGUAUGGGUCUGGGUUAUGGGCGACCACCCCCUUGAUAAAUCAAUUGAAGAAAUUCUUGAAGAGGAGGCUCGUCAAGAGGCUCAUUCAAGAGCUCUUCGUGAAUUGUCUGACUCGGCAGAAUUAUCACUUUCGAGGGUCCUGUCAGAACCCAAAGAACCAGAGGAAGCACUGAAAGCACAACUUGGCCAAAUGCGUGUUGGUGUUACGGAUUCAGUGCAGGAUGAUUCUGAAGGUUCCUUCGACCCCACUCAUCCACUUCUUUUUAAACCAGUCAGGAAGGAUCCACCGUUAAACGGAAAUGCUACAUCUUCCAACGGUCUAUCACAACGUCCGAAUGCGAUUCCUGUGACCUCUACAACAGUUUCGAGCUUUACUACCCCAAAACCUCAAAAAGCUGAGCUUAGAGGACCACCUCCACCUGUUCCUGCACGGCCACCGGAACUUUUCGGAAAUAUCGUACAGGCCAGCUACUUUUUUAUUUUUUAG